AAAGAGCGCGCGGCUCCAGUCCAACGGCAGCGGCCGGGGAGACGGGAGGGGACAGAACCCCAGGGACGAGUCACCGGAAUUAACUUCUGGUUAAAGUUAUGGGAAGCGCGGCCAUGGACACCAAGAAGAAGAAAGAGGCUUCCAGCCCCGGCGGGAGCGGCGGCAAGAAAAAUCCCAGCCAGAAGCGGCGUUCGCUGCGAGUGCACAUUCCGGACCUGAGCUCCUUUGCCAUGCCGCUCCUGGAUGGAGACCUGGAGAGUUCCGAAAAGCAUUCGUCCCGGAAGGUGGACAGCCCCUUCAGCUCGGGCAGCCCCUCCAGAGGGCUCUUCUCCAGAGGACCCCAGCCCCGGCCCUCCAGCCCUGUGUCGGCUCCCGUGAGACCCAAGACCAGCCCUGGCUCUCCCAAGACCGUGUUCCCGUUCUCCUACCAGGAGUCCCCGCCCCGCUCUCCCCGGCGCAUGAGCUUCAGCGGCAUCUUCCGCUCCUCGUCCAAAGAGUCUUCACCCAGCUCCAACCCGUCUACCUCGCCCGGGGGCAUCAGGUUUUUCUCCCGCUCCAGAAAAACCUCCAGUGUCUCCUCUUCUCCAUCGACACCCACCCAAGUGACCAAGCAGCACACAUUUCCCCUCGAGUCCUACAAGCAAGAGCCAGAGCGCUUGGAAAACCGCAUCUAUGCCUCCUCUUCUCCCCCGGACACCGGCCAGCGGUUCUGCCUGGCCUUCCAGAGUCCCUCCAGGCCCCCGCUGGCCUCGCCCACACACCACGCUCCCUCCAGAACCGUAAGUCUGGGCUCUUCUCCGGAGGGAGGGCUGGGCCCCGGCGACUCUGGCAUGCUGGAGCAGACACAGUUUGCCGACAGGGCUGUAGAAGAUUCAGAAAGUGGCGUUUACAUGCGAUUCAUGAGGUCACACAAGUGUUAUGACAUCGUUCCAACCAGUUCAAAGCUUGUUGUCUUCGAUACUACAUUACAAGUCAAGAAGGCCUUCUUUGCCUUGGUGGCCAACGGUGUCCGGGCAGCGCCACUGUGGGAGAGUAAAAAGCAGAGUUUUGUAGGAAUGUUAACAAUCACAGAUUUCAUAAAUAUACUGCAUAGAUAUUAUAAGUCACCUAUGGUACAAAUUUAUGAAUUAGAGGAACAUAAGAUUGAAACAUGGAGGGAGCUUUAUUUACAAGAAACAUUUAAGCCUUUAGUGAAUAUAUCUCCAGAUGCAAGCCUCUUCGAUGCUGUGUACUCGUUGAUCAAAAAUAAAAUCCACAGAUUGCCAGUUAUUGACCCUAUCAGUGGGAAUGCACUUUAUAUACUUACUCACAAAAGAAUCCUCAAGUUCCUCCAGCUUUUUAUGUCUGACAUGCCAAAGCCCGCCUUCAUGAGGCAGAACCUGGACGAGCUGGGAAUAGGAACGUACCACAGCAUCGCCUUCAUCCACCCAGACACCCCCAUCAUCAGAGCCUUGAGCAUAUUUGUGGAGAGACGAGUGUCGGCUUUGCCCGUGGUGGACGAGUCAGGAAAAGUCGUCGAUAUUUAUUCCAAAUUUGAUGUAAUUAAUCUUGCUGCUGAGAAGACCUACAAUAAUCUGGAUAUCACGGUGACCCAGGCCCUGCAGCACCGAUCACAGUAUUUUGAAGGCGUUGUGAAGUGCAGUAAGCUGGAAACACUGGAGACCAUCGUGGACAGGAUAGUGAGAGCCGAGGUCCACCGGCUGGUGGUAGUAAACGAAGCAGACAGCAUUGUGGGUAUUAUCUCCCUGUCAGACAUUCUGCAAGCCCUGAUACUCACACCAGCAGGUGCCAAACAAAAGGAGGCAGAAACAGAAUGACGGCGGAGAAUGUAGACCUCCUCGUAGGAGAACUUGAACAAAGUUUCUGGGUCACGAUUUGCCUCAUGAACACUGGCUGCAAGUGGGAGAGAGUAAAAUGGCGAAGAAUGUAUAUCAGGGUUUAGUAAUGGGUGUUUUUCCAGUGUUGUAAGCAUAAAAAAAGAGAGAUUUUAUGUGCUUGAAGAUUCAGCCUUGCGUUAAAGACUGUUUUCAGACCUUCAUCUGAAGGAUUUUAAAUGCUGUAUGUCAUUAAAGUGCACUGUGUCCUGAAAUGUUUAUUAUUUUUCAUUUCCAAGAAUUCACUGGUAUGGAACAGGUGAUGUGACAUAAGGUGAGUGUACAGCAUGUUUAGAUCACAGUGCCUUAUGUCCGAAUACAGCAAUAUGUCAUCGCUGCUGCCCGCCCCGCCCGAGAGUGCGCAUGAAGUGACACCGAGCUUGAAUGUGGAAGUCUUUGAACCUUUUACCAAAUCAGUUAUUUUCAUUAGGUUCGUCAAAAAGUUGUAAUUUGAAUAUAAAUAAUUUCUUUACAACUUCAAUGACACUUCUGUAAGUGUCUGAGCUAACAUGUCAACGGGCUGCUUUACGACAGCUUUAUUUAUUUUUACUUUCAUGCAGUUUUUUUACACAUCCCUUGGUGGGUAAACUUCACCAUGUCCUUUAAUAAACUCUUGGUUAUUUCAAAAUGGCAAAUUUCUCAUUAUUUAAUUUUGGAUCUGGAAAGGAUAGGACUUCUAAAAUAGCCACUGUUGGGAUUUAAAGACAUGGAAACAGGCCGUGGCUGGGAGGAAACAAAGUGCCGGGAAGAUGUCUAUUUUUUUCUUGUGUAUUGAACUGUAAAAUCAUGAUGUUUGUGUGACUGUUGAUGAGACUGUAAAUCUGACUGUGGCACAGCAGUGCUAUUAUAGAGUUGAAGCAAAACAACAUUGCCUGAUGUAAGUGCUCUGAACAUGUUGACGCUGUAUAUAUAUGAGGAGAGGUUGAGGUUUUGUUUUUUGGGUUUUGUUUUGUUUUUUCAAAUUGAAAAAAUAAAUCCUACUAUCUACCA